AGUCAGCUGACGUUCAUGCUGGGCUGCUGGAAGUUGUUGCUAUAAUCUCGCGUAGAUUUUAACAUUUAUUACUAUUUUUUUACGAUUUUCCUUUGAAUUAUGUUGCGUCCUAAAGCAUUAACACAAGUGCUCAGUCAGGCAAACACCAGUGGCGUACAGAGCACACUCUUGUUGAAUAACGAAGGCUCUCUGCUGGCGUAUUCUGGAUAUGGAGACACAGAUGCCAGAGUCACUGCAGCGAUCGCCAGCAAUAUCUGGGCGGCUUAUGACAAAAACGGCCAUCAGGCCUUCAAUGAGGACAAGCUCAAGUUUAUUCUCAUGGACUGUAUGGAGGGCAGGGUGGCCAUAACACGGGUCGCAAACUUGUUGCUCUGCAUGUAUGCCAAGGAGACCGUAGGCUUCGGGAUGCUCAAGGCCAAGGCUGAAGCUUUAGUGCAGUACCUCGAGGAGCCACUAACACAAGUGGCAGCAUCAUAAAAUGUUGUUGUGUUCUCGGAAGCAGAAACUUCACAGAAUCUUAGCCUUCAUAUUAUAUUCUAUUAUUUAUUUGAAUACUCUGUAUGAUUGCUAUAUCAAACUGUGCACCCACUAGACCCAAAAUAUGGCUUCUAUUUGAACUGCAUCUUCACUUUUCUUGGUUUAUCUCUCAGGAUUUUUGCAAUCAUUGAUCAGACUAUAUCUGGUGUCAACAAAAAGAAAUAAAUGUUUUGUUUUUUUGUUAAA